UACUUGCGAACGUUAAUAGGUAAUGAUUAAUCAUCCAGAAAAGUCUACGUUUAGCAACUUUUAGUACGAGCAAUUAGUUAAUAUUAUCAUUAUUAAUUUGUUGAACUUUGUUGCACCCAAAAUAAUUUAACAAGCAAAGCUAUCAUAUUGCAGUCAGCACUUUAAAAUUUACCAAGGAGCCGAUUAAAAUAACAUGGACACUCUGAGCCCAAAUAGUUCAAAAAUAUCUUCCGGAAAUGAAUUACCCUCAAAAAAAAGCAAAUCUAAGAAAACAAAAACAAAUGCAUAUGAUAACCAAAAUAUAAAUAUGAAAAAAAGUUUUACAAAAUUCGAUGAUCUACAAAAACGUAAUGUUAUUCAUGUACGUUCACGAGAUUCUAAAAAAGCUCAAUCAUUUUUUCGAUCUACAACACCUGAGAAGGUUGAAAACUGCCACCAAUGCAAGAAACCCGUAUACAAAAUGGAGGAAGUCAUUCUUAGAUUGAAGACAGCAACAGCUAUUUUUCAUAAAACGUGCUUACGUUGCAAGGACUGCGGCAAACACCUUAAAUUUGAUGGCUACAAUGUUCAUGAUGGAAGUCUAUAUUGCUCUAUGCACUUUAAAUUAAUCUUCGCGCCGAAAGUAGUUUACGAAGAAUUUGCCCCACGAAAACCCGAACUCAUAAUACGAGAGAAUCAGCCAAUUAAAUUACCGCCGGAUGUUGCUAAAGCAUCCGAUAAACCAAGUCUUGGCCUUGACGAGCUCCAAGAACUUAAUCUGCGCUCAAAAUGUAAAGUUUUCGAAAAUGGCUAUAAAGAACAUAACAAUAAUUUACGAGAACAUCAAGAUAUUGCUAUUAUGCAUAGCAAGUCAAUACAGUCAACACUAACCAAGCUUCAUAAGCUAGGGAUACCUAAUUCAGAACUAACAAAAUUAGACGAUAACAACAACAGUGACAAUAAUUAUAGUGAUGACGAAAGCAACACGAAUUUUAUGUGCUUAAAAAAGGAGAUCGAAAGAGAAACCCCUGUAGGCUUGGGGGAAGCCAUGAACGAUAUAAGAUCUAAGUUUGAGCAAGGUGACCUAAUAGCAAAGGAAGGGCGCCGCGAGGAAAGAAAACAAGAAAUACAAAACAUACGCUCUCGAUUGUUUCUGGGUAAACAAGCAAAAAUAAAAGAAAUGUAUAAAUUAGCUGUUGCUGAAUCAGAACAGGCCGUUACAUCAGUUGGCAAAACCCCAGAUAUUUGUGCUAUUAAGCCCACUCAGGAAAUAAAGAACCGAUUUGAGAACGGUGAAGCUUAUAAAGAUAGUAAGAUACUAUCAAGCGAAGUAAGUUGUGGUAUUCAUGCGGAUGCGGAUGUAUUCGAAUCUGGAAUAAGCAAAGCAUCAAGAAACAUCUUUAUGGAACUAGAUGCAAAUAUAAUUUCGAGUUUAAGCAAUCAUGUAAAAUAUACCCUCCCCAAUACAAAAUAUCAGUUACAUAAUCAAAAAGUGCAGGAGAAUAGCGAUGUUGACAUUGUCAAAUCCGACUCAAAGCCAGAAGAAGUUAAGGCAGCCACCGAAGAGUUGUCAAGAAAGUUUAAAUUCUUCGAAACAUAUUCUCCGGCCGAAAAUAAAAAAGGGAUAUUCCGCAUGACACCGCCACGCGAGGGCGUUGUAAUGUUUCCACCUCCAGACUCCGAUACGAAUCAACAAAUUAACACGACUUUAUUCAAUGAUAACGUUUUGCAGAAAACAAAAACAACGUCAACUAUUUUAAAUAAGUUUCGCGAAAUGGAGGAAAAAAAAAUGAGUGAUGAACACAAAGAAAAAACACCAAAGCCAAUGAAGUGUUUUACUCCACCACCUGAAAUUUCACAUCAAGUUAUCAGAUCAGAUACUGAGGAGGAAAGCCAAAGUGACUACGAACAAAAUAGUGAAAACGACGAAAUGCAGUCUGAAAUUGUCCCUUCUAACUCUUGUUACAACGAUAAGGCUUUUCUCGAGGCGCAAAGUGUUGCACGAGCUAAGCAAUUAAGAGCGAAAUUUGAAAAAUGGCAAAAAAACGAAAUAGAACAAGAAAUAAAGGAAGGUCGCGUUGAUGUAUAUUCACAGCUUAUUUCAAACGAAUCUAUUGAAAGUGCCAAAACAAUACGUGAACGCUUUGAAAAUAUGAAAAAAUCGGAAACUGCUAUGGAGAACACAUCAAAAACUCAAAUAAAACGUUUUGUUUAACAUCGUGAUGGUCCACUAAUUUCGAAUUAUCACUCAAAAGGAUAUUUAAGGCAAUAUAUUGGCAUUCACCAAAAGAUUAUCAUCUGGAA